CGAAAGCAAAGGCGAUUUUUGGGUGGGAACUCGAAAAUGGCGGAUGCUCAGAUCGAAAGCGAAGGCGACUGUUCAAUUGAAACGGCGUCGCAUCAGGACAUGAAUUCAUCUACACCAUUAAUGCAGCGAGAGAUCUCGAUUCACAUCCCACCAGAUUCAUUGUCAAGAGAGUGUUGCGGCAAGAUUCCUGAGAUUCUUCGGAUGCUUAAUCAAGAAGCUUAUACUCCUUUGUUAGUAUCCAUUGGUCCUAUUCACUAUGACCAUGCUUCUUGUAGGGAAAUAAAGAAGCAAAAAGUUAAAUACAACAAAUACUUCUUCAGUCGUGUGCGGAACAUGGAAGCAUUGCAACAUAACUUUAAAGAUUUCAUUGAGAGUAAUUCUGAAAUGAUUUUCAAUCAGUAUCCACAUUCCAGUCUUUGGCGCACAAAACUAGAAAUUUGUGAAAUCAUAUUGGAGGAUGCUGUCUUUAUAUUGGAGCACUUUCUGAGGAACUCAUCACCAGCAGCAAGUCCCAAAGGAGAUGAUUAUCCAUUAAAUACACCUUCUUUUUCUCAUAACAUCCAGCGAGACUUGUUACUUGCUGAAAAUCAACUUCCGCUUUUCGUCUUAGAGGAGCUAUAUCAAAGAUUUAUCGGUCAUGAUGGUACACCCAAACCAAAAGAUCAAGAGCAUCCAACGUUUCGAAACCUCUGCCUUGACUACUUCAGCAAUCUGCCAAUAUGUUUAGGGAACCAAAGGGAACAAGAACGCGCAGUACGCCAUAAUUCCAUCAAACACUUCACGGAUCUCAUCAGAUACCUUUACCUUCCAGCUUAUUUUCUUUAUUUUCCACAUGAAUCUAGUUCAAACAACAAGAGGGGUCAACAAAUCCAUAGUCUAAAGAGCGCAACGAAAUUGAAGAAGGCAGGGAUAAACUUUAAACAAGUCAAUGACAGAAGCUUGAUGGACAUCAGAUUCAAGGCUCGGUCUUGUCAACCAUGUUUGGAUUUCCCGAAAAUAAUCAUAGACGACUUAGCAGAAGUUAUUUUCCGAAACAUCAUUGCUUUCGAACAACAUCACUACAAUCCGACUCAGCAUCACUUUAGCGCCUAUGUUCGUUUGCUUAGAGAUCUCAUUGACACUCCAGAAGAUGUGGCUUUGCUUGUUGACAAAUAUGUUUUGGUCCAUACACUGGACACAAAUGAGGAAGUGGUCACUUUGAUCAAGAAGCUAAACAAAGGAUGGGUGAUAAACUCAAGCACUUACAACGAAAUCAUUAGAGCAGUCAGAGAAUAUUGCGAUAGUGCAUGGAAGCACCUCAAGUUUACAUAUUUUCGUGAUCUUUGGAGAACAAGUUCGACUAUUGUAGGAUUCGCUGUCUUCGUCUUCACUACUACAAACACUGUCCGUGCUUUUGUUGAUGGCUUUUAGGAUCAUACUAUUAGUAUUAUAUUACUGCUAUAAUUUUUUUGUGCUUAAUUAUAUCGUCAUGUGCUAAGUGCGAAUAUUAGUUGUUUGGUUUUAUCAUGUGGCUACUUUGAAUUUGGUUUC